UAUUUAAUAAUUAUUCUAUAAAUUUUUAUAUAUUUAUAUUUAUAAUCAUGGCACCACUCGAAAGUGUCUUAUUAUUCACAUUAAAAAACUCCUUCGAAAACCCAAAUGUUGAUUUUGUGGGCCCCAAAUUAACAGCCCAACAACACACCCUCCGUAUAUAUAUAUCUCACUCGUGCAUGAGUAUCAUCAGCAACUCUCUCACACACAGUUCCUAGGGUUUUGACACUCAUUUGCAGGGAGCCUUUUUUCUUUUCUUUCUUAUUUUGAUAUCUUACAAUGGCAGUGAAGCCAACGAAAGCGCAAAAAAAGGUCGAGUACGACAAGAAGCUUUGCCGUUUUCUUGAUGAGUAUUCACAGAUCCUUGUUGUGGCAGCUGAUAAUGUAGGGUCUAACCAACUCCAGAGUAUUAGGCAGGGUUUGAGAGGUGAUUCUGUUGUUUUAAUGGGUAAAAACACAAUGAUGAAACGCUCUGUUAGGCUUCAUGCUGAGAAAACUGGCAAUAAUGCUUUUCUAAAUCUCAUUCCUUUACUUGUUGGUAAUGUAGGUUUGAUCUUUACUAAGGGUGAGUUAAAGGAAGUUAGAGAAGAGAUUGCUAAGUACAAGGUCGGAGCACCUGCUCGUGUGGGUCUCAUUGCUCCAAUUGAUGUUGUUGUCCCACCUGGGAACACUGGACUGGAUCCCUCCCAGACAUCCUUCUUUCAGGUGCUGAACAUCCCAACCAAGAUUAACAAAGGAACUGUGGAAAUCAUUACCCCUGUAGAUAUCAUUAAGAAGGGUGAGAAGGUGGGCUCGUCAGAGUCUGCUCUUCUCGCAAAGCUUGGCAUACGACCAUUCUCAUAUGGCCUUGUUGUGCUUACUGUUUAUGACAGUGGAUCAGUUUUCAGCCCUGAGGUUCUUGAUCUCACAGACGAUGAUCUCGUGGCUAAAUUUGCAUCUGGGGUAUCCAUGGUUGCCUCUCUGUCUUUGUCCCUUUCAUUCCCAACAAUCGCUGCUGCACCUCAUAUGUUCGUGAAUGGAUACAAGAAUGUUCUAUCUGUAGCAAUGGUUUCAGAAUACUCCUUCCCACAGGCAGAGAAAGUGAAAGAAUACCUCAAGGAUCCAAGCAAAUUUGCAGCUGCUGCAGCCACAGUUGCUGCUGCUGGUUCGGAUACUGCUGCUCCAGCUGGUGCUGCCGCAGCCAAGGUGGAAGAGAAGGAAGAGCCUGCUGAGGAAUCAGAGGAGGAUAUGGUAGCUGGGUUGUUCGACUGAGUUGACUAUAUGCCAUAUCACAUGUUAGAUAAAUAGUUCAUGCUGUUAUCAAGUUUAGUGGUAUCUAUUUUUAGUUUUGAAUUUUAUAUUUUGGGAACUGAAAUGCUUCGAAUUCAACUCUGUUACUAUGCAAUGACAUUUUUCCAUUUUA